AAUAUCAAUGGCUAUCUUCCAAUAUUCUCACAUAAUAUUCAUUACACUAUGCACAAUAUAUUUUAUUUUUUAUUUCAAAAGAAUUAUAAGAAACUCGCCUCUGGCGAAAGUUUUCCGAAACAUGCACCGUGCGCACGAAAAAAUCACGCAAGUUUUGAACGAACGAGGCGGAACUUAUUUGCUUAGAGGCCCCUGGUUUUUCCGAAUCGAAAUUCUUUUCACGAGCGAUCCUGCUAAUAUCCAGCACAUUUUCAGCAAAAGAUUCUCAAACUAUCCAAAGGGUACCGAGUUUCGGAACAAAUUCGAAAUCUUGGGCGACGGUAUUUUCAGCUCCGAUUUCGAGAUGUGGGAGCUUCAACGAAGAACGAUUCUUUCGUUAAUCAGCCAUGCAAAAUUCCACACUUCUUUGGAGAGGAAUGUUUGGGAGAAAAUCGAAACCGGUUUGAUUCCGGUUCUCGAUUAUUUUUCCGGACAGGGAAUCGUUGUCGAUUUGCAAGAGAUUUUUCAGAGGUUUGCUUUCGAUAAUAUUUGCCAGCUGGUGUUGGAGUAUGAUCCGGGGAGUUUAUCCGCUGCUUUGCCCUACAUUCCUUGUGAGAAGGCGUUCAGCGUUGCACUCCAGCCAUUGAUGUACAGACACGUGUUGCCCGAGAGAAUCUGGAAGCUCCAAAAGUGGCUGAAAAUCGGAAACGAGAAGAAGCUGACGGAAUCUUGGAAGGCGUUCGAUGACUUUUUAUACCCGAUUAUUUCGUCGAAGGAGAAAAAUAAUCGUCUCGACGUGUUUACGGCUUUCGAAAAUGCGUACGAGAAUAAUAAUAAUAACAACGUUAAUUUUUCGGGAGAUCUAAGGAAGUUCUUGAGGGAUUCUUUAUUAGGGUUACUAUUUGCAGGUAGAGAUACAACAAGCACGUGCAUCACGUGGCUUUUCUACCUAAUAGCUACAAACCCUUUAUCGGAAUCCAAGAUUCUAGACGAGAUCGAACGAGAAAUAAUUCCCGUAAAAAACGAGUGGAGAUUCUUUAAUAUUGAAGAAUCGAAGAAGCUUGUAUAUCUGCAUGCAUGUUUAUGCGAAUCUCUUCGAUUAUUCCCUCCUUUGGCUUUGGAGUACAAAUCUCCGAUCGAAUCGGAUACGCUCCCGAGCGGUCAUUUUGUUAGUCGAAACUCGAAAGUGGUGAUUUCUUUCUAUACGGUGGGGAGAAGUGAGAGCGUGUGGGGGAAAGAUUGCUUGGAGUUUAAGCCAGAGAGGUGGAUUACGCCACGUGGCGGAAUCAAACACGAGCCUUCUUACAAGUUUCCGGCGUUUAAUGUGGGGCCCAGAACUUGUUUGGGUAAAGAGAUGUCUUUUAUUCAGAUGAAAAUGGUGGCGGCGACUAUUGUGUAUCGUUAUAGGGUUCGUCUUGUGGAUGGUCAUUUGGUCGUUCCUCGUGAUUCGCUCAUGCUUCAUGCGAAAAACGGGCUUAAGGUUAGAUUAUUUGAGAGAAAUGUCUGA